UAUUUUACAAAAAAAGCUUUGAAAAAUAGCUGAAAUUACAAGAGGCGUGGCCAUUCAAAUCUGAAGAUGAUUGACGUGCGUAGGCGGAGCCAAUCAUAUGUUGUUGAUGUUCACACUCGCUCUCGUCACACGCGACUUCACACGCGCUUCAGAUCAACACUGGACAACGUAAACAAGUGAGUUUCCCACUCUGUGUGUGUGUGUGUUGAUGAAUGUGUGAGGAGCUCUGGGAUGGACAUGGAGGAGUCUGGAGCAGGUCAGAUGGAGGAGACAGCAGCUCCCAAACGCAGCAGAGGACGACCACGCAAAGCACCACAGGAGCCUGUUGAACCGUCUGCUCCCCGGAGGCCGAGAGGACGACCGAGAGGCAGUAAAAACAAAGGCCAGCGCCUCACAACCAGGGACGAGCCACCUAAAGAAAGAAGACCACGAGGAAGACCAAGAAAAUGGCCUCAGAAGACUGUUCAACAGGAGGAACAGAAGGCUGAGGAUGAAGGGGUGGAGUCAGUGGAGGAGCCACCCACUCAGGCACCGCCCACUGCAGAAACAUUUGAAGAGAGUGACUAAAACUACCUCAGCCAUGACUCUCAUACUACACUCGCUGCAAAAAAAGGCUUUUUCUACUUA